GCCAUGAGAUGUCACUAGAUGGGAGCAGCCUUUAAGAGCUGGAAGAUGAAAGCUCCUAUUCCACACUUGAUUCUCUUGUAUGCUACUCUUACUCAGAGCUUGAAGGUUGUGACCAAAAGGGGCUCAGCUGAUGGAUGCACUGACUGGUCGGUGGAUUACAAGAAGUAUCAAGUUCUAGUGGGAGAGCCUGUUCGUAUAAAAUGUGCAUUAUUUUAUGGCUAUAUCAGAGCAAAUUACUCUCUAGCACAAAGUGCUGGCCUUAGUUUGAUGUGGUACAAAAGCUCUGGACCUGGAGAUUUUGAGGAACCUAUAGCUUUUGAUGGAACUAGAAUGAGUAAAGAAGAGGAUUCUAUUUGGUUUCGGCCAACAGUGGUGCAAGACAGCGGUCUUUACGCAUGUGUUAUAAGAAACUCUACUUACUGUAUGAAAGUAUCCAUCUCGCUGACAGUGGGUGAAAAUGACACUGGACUCUGCUACAAUUCAAAGAUGAAGUACUUUGAAAAAGCUGAACUUAGCAAAAGCAAGGAAAUCUCAUGCCCUGACAUAGAGGAUUUUUUAAUUCCCUAUAGAGAGCCUGAAAUCCUGUGGUAUAAGGAAUGCAAGGCAAAAACAUGGAGACCGAGUAUUGUGUUAAAAAAGGACACACUCAUCAUCCGGGAGGUUAGAGAAGAUGACAUUGGAAAUUACACUUGUGAGUUAAAAUAUGGAAUCUUUGUUGUCAGAAGAACUACAGAAUUAACAGUUACAGCACCACUAACAGAUAAACCACCAAAGCUUUUGCACCCUUUGGAAAGUAAGCUGAUGAUUCAGGAGACCCAGCUAGGCAAUUCUGCUAACCUAACCUGCCGAGCUUUCUUUGGAUACAGUGGAGAUGUCAGUCCUUUAAUUUACUGGAUGAAAGGAGAGAAGUUUAUUGAAGAUUUGGAUGAAAAUCGGGUCUGGGAAAGCGAUAUUAGAGUUAUUAAAGAACAUCUUGGAGAACAGGAGGUUUCCAUCUCAUUAAUUCUUGACUCGGUGGAAGAAGGGGACCUAGGAAAUUACUCCUGUUAUGUUGAAAAUGGAAAUGGACGCAGACAUGCCAGCAUUCUUCUACAUAAGAGGGAGCUGAUGUAUACAGUUGAGCUUGCUGGUGGGCUUGGUGCUAUUCUGCUGCUGCUUGUUUGUUUAGUGACUAUCUACAAGUGUUACAAGAUUGAGAUUAUGCUCUUCUACAGGAAUCAUUUUGGAGCUGAAGAACUAGAUGGAGACAACAAAGAUUAUGAUGCAUAUCUAUCCUAUACCAAAGUGGAUCCAGACCAGUGGAAUCAAGAAACUGGGGAAGAAGAACGAUUUGCUCUUGAGAUCCUACCAGAUAUGCUUGAAAAGCAUUAUGGGUACAAGUUGUUCAUACCAGAUAGAGAUUUGAUUCCCACUGGAACCUACAUUGAAGAUGUGGCACGAUGUGUAGACCAAAGCAAGCGACUGAUCAUCGUCAUGACUCCAAAUUAUGUGGUAAGGAGAGGCUGGAGUAUCUUCGAACUGGAAACCAGGCUUCGGAACAUGCUAGUCACUGGAGAAAUUAAAGUGAUACUAAUUGAAUGCAGUGAACUCCGGGGAAUUAUGAACUACCAGGAGGUGGAGGCCCUGAAACAUACCAUCAAGCUUCUAACUGUCAUUAAAUGGCAUGGACCAAAAUGCAACAAGUUGAAUUCUAAAUUCUGGAAACGUUUACAGUACGAAAUGCCUUUUAAGAGGAUAGAACCCAUCACACAUGAGCAGGUUUUAGAUGUCAGUGAGCAGGGGCCCUUUGGGGAACUGCAGACGGUCUCAGCAAUUUCAAUGGCUGCUGCCACCUCCACUGCUCUUGCCACUGCCCAUCCAGAUCUGCGCUCCACCUUUCAUAAUACGUAUCAUUCACAGAUGCGCCAGAAACACUAUUAUAGAAGCUAUGAAUACGAUGUACCUCCUACUGGGACCCUGCCUCUUACCUCAAUAGGUAACCAGCAUACCUACUGCAACAUCCCUAUGACACUUAUCAAUGGGCAGCGGCCGCAGACAAAAACUAACAGAGAGCAGAAUCCAGAUGAGGCUCACACAAACAGUGCGAUACUGCCCCUCUUGCCACGAGAGACCAGUAUAUCAAGUGUCAUUUGGUGACAGAAAUGCAAAGGGGGACCCCAGCCCCCUGGAGUAGGAGCUAAGUGUGCAGUCUGGUGCCUGGAACUACAUCCUCGACUGCUGCUGUUAAACAUGCAUUACAAUCUAUAAAAUACGAGGAAAAACAGGGUCUUGUACAUAUGUUUUUUGCAGUUUCUUUGUAGCAUCAGUCUUCCUGUUUUACCCAUGUCUCUUGCCAUUCACAUUUUUGACUUUGUUUUAUACGUCAUUGGAAUUUGUAUAUUACGGUUUUUUUAAAUGAAGAGACUGCUGUAUAGAUAGGAAAUCUUUUUUGCUCCAUUAGUAUAGUUUUAGAAUUUUUUUAAACAUUUCUUGGGAAUGCUUGGACGAAGCUAUGUUAAUAUCAGAAGCACCAUCCAUUUUGUUGGCCUGCCUAGCCUGAUACACGAAGGCCAUGCCUGCUGCAUUUCACCAUUGUGAAGAACCUUUGUUCUUAGGAGGACCCCGCCAGUCAUUCUGAGCUCCAAUUUCAUUACUUAUCCCAUGACAACACUUUUUCCUCCUGCCUCCCCUUAUGAUGGUCCCAUGCUGGGUAACACUACAGACAGUCUGAUCAUCUACCAUUUAACCCAGUAAAUGCUUGUCAGACAACAAGAUAUACCCAAUAUGUAUCAAUUGCCUCACAGUAACCGCUACAGAGUGUGUAGAAAGUAGAGUUUGUUUUUGUUUUACGGAUGAGUUGAUUUGUAUCCCUUUUAUUUAUAUAAAGCAACAACCCUAAUUCGAUCACUUCUGGAACAGUGUGAAUGUGUGUAUGCUUGUUUUUGUUAAGCAUUUGACUUUUUCUUUUCCCCCUUUUAAAUUCUGCAAAUGAGGUUAUUUGCAAUUGUCAAACAAGUAAGGUAAUAGGUAAGAUAAUCGGUGUUGAAGUGCAGUAAAUCCUGUUGAGAUUUACAAGGAUGGCUUCCAAACCAAAGGGGAGUAGAAGGACAAAUAUCAACUAUGGUUUGUCACAUUGUAUUAUAGAAAAUGGAUUUUUCUAAAAAGUAAGAGCAAAACAUUUCUUUCCAGCUUAGUAUGCAUCCCCUUGUAUUUGAAUGUUCCAAUCACUGUAAUUACUUUUCAGUGAUAUAGUCACAUUUGAGCAUUUUUAUAUUUUGUUUUAGCUUGUUACAAUAAGUAAAACCUUAUUGAUUUCAAGGUGACUUAAAUAAGAACUCAGGUAGUAAAAAAGAAAUUAUGAAUACCAACGAACAUCAAUGUUGUAAGAAUAAACAUUUAUUUAUACAAUAUUAAUAUUUAAAUUGGACAUGGAAGCAUUAAAAACCAUUAAGUUUAUUGAAUAAAUAAAUAAACUAGUUUGGUCUUUAAUGCAUGAUUCCAUCUUUGAGGAUUGCAGAUUACAUGUGUGCCGUUGCUCCCAGAUUAAAAAAAUAAAAUAAAAUAAAAAAUCCCUGUUCAGAUAUCUCUAGAACUAAUGGAAUAAAGAUCUUGCCCAUAUUUACAUUCAAAUGAUGCAAAAGUCACUUUCCAUUUUAGAAAAUUUAAAGAGUGGAGUUAGAUUAUUUUUCUUUUAAAAGGCCAUAUUCUCUGCUGGUGUAAAUGGAACUAGUGGAGGUGCCGCAAUGACCAUCAGCAGAGGAUUGCGCCCCCCCCCUUUUUUUAUCAACAAUACAACAUGCACAGCUUUUAAAUUAUUUCAGCAACUCGUUACCUGUUAGGGAUUUUCAUAACAGCUGACUGGUUUUGGCCAAUAUAAUGGAUGUUGUGUGAUUUGUUCAUUCUUAUUAUCACUAUAUUCAAAAAAAUACAAGUUUUAAUAUUUUGGUCUCAUUAGUAAGAUGUGAUUGGUCAAAAAUGUGUAACCUGCAGUUUGUGGGCGUUUGUGGGGGUAAGUCAAUAUUGACAAUGUCUGAGGAACGACUAUUAUGUUGUAACAGUCAAGAAUUCUCAGUAUCUGCAUAACCAGUUAAAGGAGCUUUGGGAUGUGCACUGAUUUUUAUUUGCUGAAAAAUGUUUUUUUCUCUGACAAUUCGCUCGGGUCCUUUUCUACAAUCUGUUCUUUAUUUCAGUUGUGUCCCCCUGGACAUGUGCCAAAUAUCCACAAAAUGGAAAUGAAGCUGCCAGGGCAGAUAGAAUUUCAAGACAGCUUUACAGAUUUGAUUAUUUUCAGAUUGUAAGAUGGUUGUUAUUUAUUUUAUAUUAUAGAUGCCUGCCAGGAACUGAUGGCAUUUAACUUCAUUUGACUGGAUUCUAAAUUCUUCCAAUACCCAGAAAAAUUAAAAUAUUGUAAAAUCUUUCCCUUGUCCCUCCCCUUUAUAUUUUUUAAGAUGAAGAUUGAGAUGUGGAAUAAAUAUAGAGUGUAACAACCUGGCGACAGUCACAUUCUAGGCAUUGGUAGGUGUUUCUUUAGCCACAUUGGGGGUACUUUUUUGUUGUUCUAUUUUUAGUGUAGAUUUAAGCACUUUGAAUAGCAUGAUUCAGGGAUUGAUGGAUACUAUUUGAUAUUCACACUAUUUAAGAAAAGUUUUCUUAUUAUGCUUUGUCAUAUUAUUCAACAAAAACAAAACAAAUGAAAAAAGAAAUACAUGGAGAAGCUAUCUAUGGCUUUAGAAACAUUCCUCCCAGGUAUUCCUCUUCUAUAAACAGCUCUGUGUGAGAAACAGUGAAGGAAACUGUCAUGUGUUCACGUGCUCUAUGUUUGACAAAAGUUCUGUUAGAACGCAAAAUAAAAAGGAAAAAAAAUUAA